CAUGGACGCAACGGGUGUUAGCCGCCAUUAAAAAUCAAGAAGAAGAAGAAGCGUAGUAAACGAAGUGGUCUUUAUUUUAUACGUUAACGACGUUGUUUACAAAGUAUGUCGUAAGAAGUAGCGUGUGCUGUGUUGCCUUCGCCCGAGCACGAUGGCUACUCAGAGAGUGCUCCCUCAAAGCAAAGAGACUCUGCUACAGAACUACAACAAGAGACUGAAAGAUGAUAUCAGGUCCAUCCUAGACAACUUCACAGAAAUUAUCAAAACAGCAAAGAUAGAGGAUGAGACACAGGUUUCUCGAGCAACUCAAGCAGAGCAGGACCAUUAUGAAAUGCAUGUCAGAGCAGCCAACAUUGUACGUGCCGGCGAGUCCCUGAUGAAGCUGGUGUCUGAUCUGAAGCAGUUCCUGAUUCUGAACGACUUUCCCUCCGUGAAUGACGCCAUCAGCCUCCAGAACCAGCAGCUCCGCUCACUGCAGGAGGAGUGUGACAAGAAGCUCACAUCGCUCCGUGACGAGAUUGCCAUCGACCUGUAUGAGCUAGAGGAAGAAUAUUACUCCUCCAGGUACAAGUAGGCUCAUACUUGUCCCCAUCCCACCGCCCCUCUGCUGUCCCAUGCCCAGCACCGUGUACUGUUCUCACGUUUUACCUUUCACUGCUGAGCCCAAAGAAGGAUUAAGUUCUGCCAACAUCUAAACCUGAAACCUUUUUUGUUGGAAAUUAUCUCAUUGUCAUAUCCAAGCGGUACCAUUCAUCAACACAAAUCAUUGUUGAGGUCCACUGUGAUGGAGCUUAUCUCACUAAGUGACUUUAAAUUGUUACUGAUUAGCAAGUGCCUUGACUUUUUCCUGCUCUAUGACAUGUAUCAUAAUUGAUCAAACUAGAGAGGACUUCAGCAUUAAAGGGGCAUACUGCGGAAAAUCAGCAUUGUAAAUUUAUCGAGCUCUUAAAGUACAGAGGUUCAGUGUGAAUUUUUGGCAUCUAUUGCAAUUUACUCAUGCGGUUUGAAAGCCAGGAGGCUUUUCUGAACAGCAAGCACUAGUGUGGAUUUACUGCUGGGUAUAUUUCUAAAUGGUCAUCAGACUUAUUGGCUUCCUGGUCUGCAGUGUCUAAUAGGCUUGAGAAAGGUUUUAAUAAAUAUUAUCUGGUACAAGGGAGAGUGACAUGCUUUUUUGGAAUGUUAGUAAUGAGGCCUCCUAGUUCAUUUAUAACUAAAUAUUUUAAUUUGAAGUAACACAAAACUUUGUAGGGAAGGGGAACAUACCUUUUUAAAAGAAUUACAUAUUAAAAGAAGUAAAACUAUGAGUAUAGAUUUUAUAAAAUUAUAAUUCAUUUAAGAUUAUUUAUAUGUAGUAUUUAAAUCAUAAAUAUAAUGGUAAUGCCUUGUAUGCUACAUUUUAAGGAUGGAUGUUUGUUAUAGACUACAAUAAGACACGACUGUUCGCUGUUAUUUAUUUGAGGUCAAAUCUGAAGCUACUAAGACUUUCUCCAGUCAAUGUUUUCUGUAAAAGCAAUUAGGAGAUAAUAUUUUAUUGAUUCCGUCCUAAUACCACAAGCUAUAACCAUGCAACGGUUGUCGAUCACACAUGGUGUAGUUGUACGUGUGUACCAGUUUGUGCCAGCUGUUCCAAUAGAUCCAGAAUGAUUAAGAAAUAAAGUAGAGACAAAACACUGUAGUAGUUUGUCUUGUUUUCUGUGAGAAAGUACAAAGAAGCGUUUCUCAGUUCUGUUUAGAGCAUGCUGGGUGUGGGCCUUCCUUUCUCGCUGCACUCACUCCGCUUUCUCCUCCAUCAGCAACUAAUCCCACCUUUUUUGCUGACCUUAAAAUCAACAGUUGAUCAGCCAUACCUUUAAAUAGCACCAAAUUAACAAGCAUCUGUUUUACGCGUUGAUCGUUUCCAGUGCUUCUGCAUAACCUCAUUCUCCUAUCGUAUGUGUGCCUUCAUGUGCUCCUCUGUGUAUGAAUGUGCUUAUUCUGACCUGCUGCUCUUGUCUGCUCCUCUUUCUGUGCUGCGCU